CUAACAAAAUUUUCCUUCUCUACAACAUUCGAGAAGAAAUAGGCAUAGAUUUGCGUGGGAGAGAGAGAGAGUUUGAUAAUGGCGACGACCAAUUUCCAGAUGAAGGUGACGGAAGGACAGCUCGGCUACGUUCUCCAGGAUGUGCCUCAUAUCACCGAUUAUAUUCCCAAUCUUCCCACCUAUCCCAAUCCGCUACGCUCGAAUCCUGCAUACUCAGUUGUCAAGCAGUACUUUGUUGACAUGGAUGAUAGUGUACCUCAAAAGAUUGUUGUUCACAAGGAUACUCCAAGAGGGGUACAUUUCCGGCGAGCUGGUCCACGUCAAAAGGUGUAUUUUACUCCAGAAGAAGUGAAUGCUUGUAUUGUGACAUGUGGAGGUCUCUGUCCGGGCCUAAACACAGUGAUCAGGGAGAUUGUGCAUAGCCUUGAUUAUAUGUACGGUGCCACCAAAGUCUUGGGAAUUGAUGGAGGCUACAGGGGAUUCUAUUCAAAGAAUACCAUUCCUUUGUCACCUAAGAUUGUAAAUGACAUACAUAAGCGUGGUGGGACCAUCCUGGGAACUUCCCGAGGUGGUCAUGAUACCGUGAAGAUUGUUGACAGCAUUCAGGACCGUGGAUUUAAUCAGCUGAAAUUUUCAGGAGACUUGUCAUUUCCUUUUUUUUUCGUUUUCCAGGAAAUUCGUAAGCGGGGUUUAAAGGUUGCAGUUGCUGGAAUUCCCAAGACAAUUGACAAUGACAUACCGGUUAUUGACAAAUCAUUUGGUUUUGAUACUGCUGUGGAGGAAGCUCAGCGUGCCAUUAAUGCUGCACAUGUUGAGGCUGAGAGUGCAGAAAAUGGAAUUGGUGUCGUGAAACUUAUGGGCCGCUACAGUGGAUUUAUUGCAAUGUACGCUACACUGGCCAGUCGAGAUGUUGACUGCUGUUUGAUACCCGAGUCCCCAUUUUAUUUAGAAGGACAAGGUGGACUUUUCGAAUAUAUUGAGAAGAGGCUUAAAGAAAAUGGACAUAUGGUCAUUGUUGUUGCUGAAGGAGCAGGAGAGGAUCUUCUUGCUGCUAAAAACGAACGGGAUGCUUCAGGGAACAAGCUACUUCAAGAUGUCGGUUUGUGGCUUUCUCAAAGAAUUAAGGAACACUUUUCAAAGGAAAAAAAGCUUCUCAUCACUCUUAAAUACAUAGAUCCCACUUACAUGAUCCGUGCCAUACCGAGCAAUGCAUCUGAUAAUGUGUACUGCACACUUCUUGCUCAAAGCGCCGUUCAUGGAGCCAUGUCAGGUUUUACAGGCUUCACAAGUGGCCUUGUGAAUGGCCGGCAUACAUACAUUCCUUUCAAUCGUAUAACUGAGCAGCAAAACAAGGUUGUGAUAACUGACAGGAUGUGGGCAAGGCUUCUCUCUUCGACAAACCAACCGAGCUUCCUCACCCAUAAACUGCUUGACGAAGCCAAGAAAGAAGAAGGGCCUCAAUCUCAACUAAUGGACGAUACAACAAAUAUUGCAGACGCGAAAACAGGUAAUAAAGAAAAGGGCAAUAAAUAGAAAAGCGGUUCGAUCCUCUCUCCUCGACUACCUCUCCCCUGUUCUGCAUGAUUUGGCUGCAGCUUUGAUUGAGGUUUCGUACAAUAACAUGUUAAUGGGGUCGUGUAGGAAUACUUCUUUCAACUUUACCAGUGCCUUGGUUUUUAAGCUUGUAUUUAUUUGUCAGUGUGUAAUUGUAUAACACGUCGAUUGGUGUCUAACAAAUGAUGUUGAUUAUAUAAGACGAUAGUACUUCUGAA